UUUUUUUUAAAGAUUUAAAGUUUAAAAUGAAUUUUAUUAGACGGCUUCGUGUACCUCGAUUGAAUGAUAAGGGAAAAUGGGUUGUCUGUGUUGCUGGCGGUGUGUUUACUUGUGGUUUCGCGUAUGCCUUAGAACAUACUGCUGACGCUUCUGAUUUUGUUGUACAUCCUUUUCAAUUACCAUGGUCCCAUGGUGGUUUAAUCGAUUCUUUGGAUAUGGCAUCCGUUCGACGUGGUUAUGAAGUUUACAAACAAGUUUGUGCUGCUUGUCAUAGCAUGCAAUACAUUCGUUAUCGACAUUUUGUUAAUAAUUUCAUGUCAGAGGAUGAAGCAAAGGCUGAGGCUGCCGAAAUUGAAGUUGAUUUUAUUGAUGACAAAGGUGUCCCAGCAAAACGUCCUGGACUUUUGAAUGACUUUCUUCCGUCACCAUAUCCAAACAAACAGGCCGCUGAGGCUGCUAAUAAUGGGGCAGAGCCUCCGGAUUUGUCAUUGAUGGGAUGGGCUCGAGAUGAUGGAGAUAACUAUGUCUUCCAUUUGCUUACUGGUUAUGGAUUUGACCCGCCUGAGGGAGUUCUUUGUGAGGAGGGAAAAGCUUAUAAUCCAUAUUUCCCGAAUGGAAGUGUACUGGCAAUGCCACAACAAUUAUUUGAUGAAGGAAUUGAAUACAAAGAUGGAACGCCGGCAACAAUGAGUCAGCAAGCAAAGGAUGUUGUGACGUAUUUACGCUGGGCCUGUGAGCAAUGGCAUGACAAGCGAAAGCAGUAUGCCAUAAAGUUGGCACUUCUGAUACCGUUUGUGUCAUUUGUAUUAGUUUAUUGGAAGCGAAAAGUUUGGACUCAGAUUAAGUCUGAGAAAUGGUUCCAUCGAACAGUUAAAGGUCGUGAAUGGACACCUGAUUCAAAAUUCCCGCCGCCGCCUAAGGAUGCUCCUUCAUUGAAGAGAUUGAAUUAAAUUUAAGAAAAUUUUGAGGGAAUAUUUUAGGAUAAAUAGAAAAUGUUUUCUUGUAAUUUGUUAUGUUACGGACUGCAAAUUAUAUUUUAAGUAUAUGUUUGUGGUUGUCGGUUGGUGAAUAAAAAUGUAAAAAAUACAUAUUUUUUAACAAAUUCUAGGGAAAAAUUGAGGAGGAAUUUUAGGGAAAAUCUUGUGUUUAUCGUUUAGAUAUUUUAUCUUCUGAUUUUUCAUAUUUUAAAACAUCUUAUGUAUUCUUUAUUUCCUUAUAUUUUUCAAUGCGGUGGAAGGUAAUGAGAAUCGACCCUAUCUGAAAGGAGUGCCUGGUUGAGUUUUUUCCUUAUUUCCUUAGACAGCUUCGGAGUGGUUAAUUUUCCUUUAUAUUUUAUGUUUGUCGUAAGGCAAAAUGUGUAUCCAUUUCUCCGCUGAUUUUGUUUUUUAUACAUUUUAUUUUUAUUUUUCAAAAAAAUUCUGUUUAUUUCACCUAAAAUGGCUAGGAAAAAAUACAAAUAUUG